AUGUCAACGUGUUCACAAGAUCAAUAUCGAAACGAAACAACCAUUAAUAACAACUUUUAUGUACAAGAAGAAAAUAAUGAUCAACAAGAAUUGUCAUCGAUUCAAUCAUCUUCAUCAUCGAAUGAUACUACAACAAAAAUAUCUACACUAACAGAAAAAGAAGACACCAUUCAUAAUCAAAAAGUUCAAGCAAGCAAUAAUAUGCCACCUUUUGCAAGUCUUUUGAGCUGCUUUGUUAGAAUAGAACGAUGUCAGGUAGAUAAAGAUAUCUAUAUUCCAGGUAAAAAUCUUGAAGGUAAUCAUGAACUUCAAGAGCAAGCAACUGAAAACGAAGAACACAAAACUACAUCAUCAGUAGAAACGAAAGGAACACUAUCAUUAUAUGAUGUAGAUCAAUAUCUGGAAGAUAAUGAUCCGAUGAGCAAUAUGAUGGUUCUUGGUUCACCAUGGUCGCAACCGCUAGACUUUGAUACAAUGGAAUAG